CACCCCUUAUAGACACACACUUGGCUGUGGCUUUUUGGCUUCAGUCUUUCAAAAGUGAAGACAAGAUGAAGACCCACUUGCUUCUCUGGGGAGUCCUGGCCAUUUUUGUUAAGGCUGUCAUUGUAUCAGGUGACAAUAAAGGGACCAUUCUUGCCGACAACAAAUGCAUGUGUACCCGAAUUACUUCCAGGAUCAUCCCUUCCCCUGAGGAUCCUAAUGAGGACAUUGUGGAGAGGAGUAUCCGAAUUGUUGUCCCUUUGAACAACAGGGAGAAUAUCUCCGAUCCCACCUCCCCAGUGAGAACGAACUUUGUAUAUCAUUUGUCAGACGUCUGUAAGAAAUGCGACCCUGUGGAAGUGGAGCUGGAAGAUCAGGUCGUUACUGCCACCCAGAGCACUAUCUGCAGUGAGGACAGCGGUGUUCCUGAGACCUGCUACAUGUACGACAGAAACAAGUGCUAUACAGCUAUGGUCCCACUUAGGUAUCAUGGUGAGACCAAAAUGGUGCAAGCGGCCCUGACCCCUGAUUCUUGCUACCCUGACUAGUUUGAGUCACUCGCCAUGCAGCGUCUGUCUUCAGAGGCUCUCCAUUGCACCCGGAAGUUAUACUCACUGCUAGUGAAUUUGAAACAAGUGCUUUGUUUUCUUGUGGUAUAAAACUAAUGUUCCCUUUCAACAGUUAGAAUAUCAGCAUUGCUGUCAUUAUUAUUAUUAGUAAAUCCUCAUGCCUGGUCAAGGAGGUGUGUUUAAGAGUUCAUUUUCUGGUGUUAAAAAUUGUAAGCAAGGGGAGAAAGUAAAAUUCCAAGGGUAAAAAUCAAAAGGCAUAAUUCAAUUCAAUCCCUUUCCUUCCUUCCUUCCUUCCUUCCUUCCUUCCUUCCUUCCUUCCUUCCUUCCUUCCUUCCUUCCUUCCUUCGCUGUGGAGAGCUGGAGCUUCUGCACUCUAUCCUAGUCUUUCUCACUGUGCAGAGAAAACAUCACAUAAACAUAGGGCAGGUUACAUCUUCACAAGAAGUUAUAAGGGUUGUGAUUCGGAACUAUCUACUAAUGUUUAUGAAAGUCAUUUGCUGAAAGUCAUAUAAUUUGAUGCACAAAUGAAAAAAUGAAUGUUGAUAGAAUACAUAGACUUGACAUUAGAUUUUCUUUAAAAUUUUUUGACAGUGAGAUUAUUGUCUGAAAUUCUUAGGGGACUCUUUGGCGUCUCAGCUGAAUCUGAUGAAGUCUGUAUUGCAAAAUAUGUAUUCUCUAGUACAGUUUGAACAAUUAAAUAGAUCGAUAAGCAUAUACCCGUGUGAAUGAUUCUUUGGAAAAAAUUUGCUUGUGUUUAACCUUCUUGUAUGUAAAUUAAAUAUAUUAUUAUUGGCAAA